AUGCUUAGUGCCUCGGAAGAGCAGGGUUCUGGAGGUGCAAAAACGACAUCAACUGUGCAGUCGCCUGCUACUGUAGCUACGCCUAGGGCCGCACUCGAUUGGCUUGAAACUUCGACGAGCCAACAAAACAUGACUUCUGCUGUUCAAGUCCAGACAAAUCUGACACAGAGUGAUCAAAUUACCAGUAACGACGGCCAAAGCUCGUCAGUGGAAAGCCAUCUUAGGCGUGAGCCUGAAAGACCGACAAAUAUCGUUGGUGAUAUCCCAGACACUUAUUCAUUACCCACAAACUGGCUUCCGUUUGACGAUGUCCCACUAAACAGCGCAUUUCUGCCUAGUCUCAACGACAUACCUCGUAUAGCAUCUGAAGUCGGUGAUGCAUCUACAACUGCUCCCCAGAGCCUCGAGACGCAACCGUCGUUUCCAAUUCUCCCAGAAAUACACGAGCAGAGCCUACAACAAGACCAUGUUUCUGCCUUGAUUGCUUCUAUGGCCUCAAAUAAGCAAAGGAAAACGCAAUUUUCGGACACUAAUGACGAUCCUGCGCUCCCCGGCACUAAAGCCACGCAUUAUUCAGACGGAGCGGGUUUCAGGGAAAGCCGAGCAGAGAGAUACAUGCGCCAACGGCGUGCUGCUUAUGUCGAAGAACAUGGGCCAAGUCCGGGCCAGCAGGUCCACGUAUCAUGGAUCAGCGACUUAGAUGCCAGAGUGGCGGCAGCAAGUAAACGGAUUGGGGCAUCAAGCGACGUUCCAGAUAGUAUAUUCGAGGAGCUCAUGUCAAAACUGGACUCUCAUGCGACCAGGUCCCAUAUAUUUGCCGACUUUGCCGCUCACAAAGAGAAUCUGCUAACCAAACGCACUUUUCAACUAUUUAUCAGUCUCUACUUCGAGCACUUCCAUCCGGUAAACCCCUUCGUUGACAGAUCACAUUUGUCUAUCCCUCUUUGGGGCUGGAGCUUGUGCCUAGCUACUGCUGCGAUUGGUUCUAAAUACUUUGGUUCUGAAGAAGUCAACCGCUUUGGAGAUUGCUUAUGCUGUAUCCUGCAUGAGCUCAUGGCAAGAGAACUCGAUUUUAUCGGCUCCCAAGAGCCGUUGCCUUAUAUUCAGGCUCGAAUCCUGGCUUCAGUUGGACUCUGUCAAAGCCGUCAGCCGGAAUUACUCAGAUGCGGGUACAACGGCUUAGCAAUGGCAGCACAAGCAUGUCUUCGGCUUCGCUUAUUGAGUGAGGAUGACAAUAUCGGUUCAUAUCAGAAUGAUCAGAGUCUGGAGCAGAAGUGGAUCACCUGGCGAUUUCGAGAGACACGAAGAAGGACGGGUCUUUUCGUUUGGUUAGCCAGUGGCUACUUUGCUCUGGCCUCUGAGCAUCAUCCGUGCUUGUUCCCAGAUCAACCUCAACUGCGGCUUCCAUGCCGAGAGGAGCUAUGGGCGGCCAAGUCGCCAGAGGCCUGGUCUACGGCAAACCUAGCAGAUAGAGAUGCCGACCCAAUAACCUUCUCUACCGAAGAAGCCUCAAGAUCUACAGUACCCGAAGUAACACUGGAGCUUUGGCGACACUUGAAGUCGCAGAAUUCAUCGGAUUCUUUUGCAACCAUUGUCAUAAUCCACAUGCUGGUCCAUCGCAGAUGGGCCGCUAACGGAUAUUUGGCUGAUGCACUUCGCGACAUACCACAAACAAAUCAGCUAACCAUCCAUGUCCCUGAGAGAAAGUAUCUUGGUUCAGUACCCGAGUACAUAAAGUGGCGCAAUCAGUGCUGUGACUGCUUGGAUGUGCUGCACUGGGAAGCACUCAGUCUAUCAGCCAAAGCAGAAGGACUUGAAGAUCCGGUAUUACUGCAUCUGCAUCUAGCCCGCCUCUCACUCCUCGCGCCGGUCCAAGAUCUUUUUGCGUUUGCUGACCAGAGUACUCUCUCGGGGAUUACUCACAUGACCCCCAGUAAUCUCUAUCGCCACGGUACCGCCAGCUCAGAACCAAGACAGACUAUCAAGAUCUGGGCGACUCAAGAUCGAUAUAAAGCUCGUCUGGCAGUCAUACAUGCUGGGGCUGUUCUGUGGCAUGUGAGGAGAUACUCAUCAGAUUCAAUUAUUGAGCCAUUUGCUCUAUUCCUUGCAUCGUUGGUGCUCUGGGCUUAUGGUCAAACCUCAAACAUUCGAAGGCUUUACGAGUCUGCAUACACCGCAGCACAGUCUCCACUGAGCGACAACGAGGACUCUGUAACUUCCGCGCCCACGACACAUGGUUCAUUAGAAAGCCAUACGAUGCGCGACUGUAUGUCAACCAGGCGGCGAAUGCCAAGCGCGAUGCAAUUAGACAGGCCGAUGGACGAUGAACUUGUACAGUACUUUAUACGAUUUGGUGAGGACCUGCGUCUUCCCCUUGAGGGAGUAGAUGACCUGUGUGCAACUGAAGGCCCAUUGCAUAUGCUGCAAGAAGUAUCGAGUUUACUGAUGGAACAGCACAAGCCCUGGGAUAUUUCUGAGACUUACGCUAGAUUUCUACGAGACUUGAAAAUGUCACAGUGGGAACUGUGA